GUUCGCCCUUACGGCUUGUCAUUCUUUUGCCUUUGGCUGUGUCGCUCCUUUGCAACACCCACACUCGCUAUCGAUACCAUCGUCAGUCUUUCCUGUGCAUACCAAUUCAAGAACAAGGCAACAGAUCGGAAGUCCGGGCGGUUGAGGAAAGGAUCCAUUCAUCCACAGUCACCAGUCACCACUACACGCCUGCCAAGAGUAUCCUUCACUGGAUAUCCGCUCGUCAUACUCGAACAGUAAAAAGAACAGGCUUUUAGAGAACACAACGGAAUCGCUCUCGAAACAACAAAUCAAGGACUACACUUCAUAUUCAGCCCCUGAUAUCGCCAACCGCCCAUAUCAACCAUGAAGUCUACGACCACCUUCUCCCUUGCUGCGGCACUCCUCUCUGGAUCCGCCGAGGCAUUCUGGCGCAUGCCCUGCCACUCCAGGACUGCGUUUCUCCGUCUCGAUCCCAUUGUCGACCCUGGUGUCGCAUCCUCCCACGGACACGUCAUUCACGGUGGUAGCAACUUUGGCGAAUCGACUACCUACAAAGACUUGCGCGAGUCUAACUGCUCGUCUUGCCAGUUCCCUGAUGACAAGUCCGCCUACUGGACACCCUCCCUUCACUUCGCCCACACCAAUGGCAAGACUGAGGUCGUUCCCCAGAUCGGUGGUAUGCUCGCAUACUACCUCUUGCUCGGCGACAACAUCCAGCCCUUCCCCGAGGGUUUCGAGGUCCUCGCCGGUGACUCUCGCAUGCGCAACUUCACUGGCGCCGUUCCCGACCCGCCAACAUCGUCCUGGGCCGCUGAGGACAUGACCCAGGAGUCGCUCAUGCAGAAGUCUCUUGGCUUCAACUGCCUCAACUACAACCGCGCGCCCGAGGGCUCUCGUUACCGCCACUUCAUGCCUGACAAGGACUUCCUUGACGCCAACUGCGCCAACGGUAUCCGCGCCGAGAUCUUCUUCCCCUCGUGCUGGAACGGUAAGGACGUCAAGUCCGAUGACCACAAGUCGCACGUCGCAUACCCCAACUUGAUCGACGGUGGCAAGUGCCCCGAGGGUUACGAGACCCGUCUGCCCUCCCUCUUCUACGAGACCAUCUGGAACACAUACGCCUUCAAGGGCAAGUCUGGACAGUUCAUCUGGUCCAACGGCGAUCCCACUGGCUACGGUUACCACGCAGACUUCAUCAACGGCUGGAACACCGAUACCCUUCGCGCCGCCGUAAACGACUGCACAAACCUCUCCGGCCGUGUCGAGGACUGUCAGCACUUCACCAACCUGCAGACCGAGGCUGUGCAGGGCGAGUGCAAGAUUGAAGACAUCCCCACCGCGCUCCUCGACGAUGACUGCGGCGGCCCGUCCAACGGACUCUGCGGUAACGUUCCCGUCCAGUACGGUCCCGAGUACGCUUCUGCCCUCCAGCCCGGCGCAACUGAGAAGCCCACCGGCGGCGUAAGCAUCACCAGCGUCGCGCCCGUGCCCACACAGAGCUACGCGCCCGCCCGCUCCAAGAACAGCUACGGCAUCAGCGUGUACAACGUCAAGACCUCUGCCAUUCCCGGCCCGUAUAACACUGACUCUCUCGAGGUCAUCAAGCCCAGCAAGCCCGCUGUUGAUGUCCCUGCGGCGCCCGCUGUUACUCCCAGCCCCAGCCUCGAGGAUGCUGCGGAUCCCGUUGCCAACAUCAUCAGCACCAAGAUUUACACUGAAGGUGGCAUUGUGUACGAGGUUGCGAUCGAGGAGAUCGUUGUUACGACCACUGUUGACUCUGCGUACCGCAGAAGACACGCUCACGCGCACCGUCGUCGUGCUAUCAACUAGGCUUCACACGUCUAGUGUGUGGUUUGGCGAUGAGUAUUCUUGUCAUAAUACGGCAUAGCCAGCGUUGCUUAUAAAACUUCCUUCUCAGC